AUGGGGGUUCCUCAUGAUACGAUCUUCCGCUCAGCGGACAUGAGCCUGACUCAGCUAUAUAUUGCAAAUGAGAUCGGCAGGGAGGUUGUCAGCGCCCUGGGUGAACUUGGUCAGGUCCAGUUCCGCGAUUUAAACACCGAUACAACUGCGUUUCAGCGGACAUUUACAAAUGAGAUUCGGAGAUUGGAUAAUGUCGAGAGGCAGCUGCGAUAUUUUCAUUCGCAGAUGGAGAAGGCAGGCAUUCCCAUGAGACCAUCCUCCGAAUUUUCCAACACUUUGGCCGCUCCCAUGGCAUCCGAGAUUGAUGAGCUUGCCGACCGAAGUGAGAGUCUCGAACAGCGUGUCGCGUCGUUGAAUGAGAGCUAUGAGACCUUGAAAAAACGUGAGGUUGAAUUGAUUGAACGGCGAUGGGUCUUAAGAGAGGCUGGUGGAUUUUUUGACCGGGCCCACGGUCACACCGAUGAGAUCCGCCAAUCCUUUGAAAAUGACGAAGCCCCUCUUCUACGAGACGUGGAGCAGCAACACGCCAGAGGCCGGAAUGGCGAUGCUGAGACUCAGACGUUCUCGGUGAUGAAUAUUGGCUUCGUUGCUGGUGUUAUUCCGAGAGAUCGAAUUGGCUCCUUUGAGCGGAUCCUGUGGCGGACUCUGCGAGGAAAUCUCUAUAUGAACCAGUCAGAAAUUCCGGACCCGAUUAUCAAUCCGGCAAAUAAUGAAGAGAUUCACAAGAAUGUUUUUGUGAUAUUUGCCCAUGGAAAGGAAAUUCUUGCAAAGAUCAGGAAGAUUUCUGAAUCACUUGGAGCCGAUUUGUACAGCGUGGAUGAAAACAGCGAACUCCGGCGUGACCAGGUCUACGACGUUAAUACUAGAUUGGCAGAUGUGGGCAGCGUUUUGCGGAAUACCAAAAAUACGUUGGAUGCCGAAUUGGCUCAGAUCGCCCGCUCUCUAGCUGCGUGGAUGAUCAUUAUCAAAAAAGAGAAGGCAACAUAUCACACGCUCAACAAAUUCUCCUAUGACCAGGCCCGGAAGACCCUUAUUGCGGAAGCUUGGUGCCCAACCAAUUCUCUUCCACUUAUUAAGACAACGUUGCAGGAUGUCAACGAUCGUGCUGGGCUGUCCGUGCCAACCAUUGUCAACCAGAUUCGAACCAACAAAACCCCACCAACCUAUAUAAAGACGAACAAAUUUACGGAGGGUUUCCAGACUAUCAUCAAUGCCUACGGAACUUCUAAGUAUGGAGAGGUCAAUCCAGGCCUUCCUACGAUCGUUACUUUUCCUUUCCUCUUUGCAGUUAUGUUUGGUGAUGCUGGGCAUGGCAUGCUCAUGACAAUGGUUGCUUGUGCCAUGAUUCUUUUCGAGAGAAAGUUGCUCAAAACAAAGUUAGACGAGCUUACUUCCAUGGCUUUCUACGGUCGAUAUAUCAUGCUUAUGAUGGGAAUUUUUUCGAUUUACACUGGUUUGAUAUACAAUGAUAUCUUUUCUAAGUCAAUCGAAAUCUUCCCAAGUGCAUGGAAAUGGCCAGAAAAUUUCAAGCAGGGAGAGACAGUCAAUGCGAAACUGAAAGGCAGCUAUCGGUAUCCCUUUGGUCUUGACUGGGCGUGGCAUGGAACCGAGAAUGACCUUUUGUUCGCUAACAGUUUCAAAAUGAAGCUGAGUAUCCUCCUCGGUUGGUCCCAUAUGACGUAUUCCCUUUGCUUGUCCUACAUAAAUGGUCGCCAUUUCAAAAAGCCAAUCGAGAUUUGGGGCAACUUCGUCCCCGGAAUGAUAUUUUUCCAGUCCAUUUUCGGUUACCUGGCUUUCACGAUAAUAUACAAGUGGAUCGUGGACUGGAAUGCUCAUGGUCAAUCUCCUCCCGGUCUACUAAACCUGCUCAUUUUCAUGUUCCUCAAGCCCGGUACGGUUAAUGAACAACUGUAUCGUGGGCAGGCAACCGUCCAAGUUAUUCUUCUCCUCCUUGCACUUGUUCAAGUUCCAAUUCUUUUGUUUCUGAAACCGUUUUAUCUUCGAUGGGAACAUAACCGAGCCCGUGCACUUGGAUAUAGAGGUCUUGGCGAAACCGCUCGUGUGAGUGCCUUGGAUGAAGAUAAUGAAGACGGCCAUCUUUCAGGCAACGUACGCGAAAGCAUGGCGAGCGACGCGGAGGGUAUCGCAAUGAUCACGCAGGACCUAGGUGAAGAAGAGCAUGAAACUUUCGAAUUUUCUGAGGCGAUGAUCCAUCAAAUCAUUCACACCAUCGAGUUCUGUCUAAAUUGCGUGUCUCAUACGGCAUCGUAUCUCCGACUUUGGGCCCUUUCACUCGCCCAUCAACAGCUUUCUGUUGUUUUAUGGACCAUGACAAUCGGUGGAGCUUUUAGCCAAGAAACCAACACAAUGAGAGUGAUCUUAAUCAUUGUCACGUUCUUCAUGUGGUUUACUCUCACUUUUGCCAUUCUUUGCGUCAUGGAGGGUACCAGUGCUAUGCUACAUUCUCUCAGGUUGCAUUGGGUUGAGGCAAUGAGCAAGCAUUUCAUAGGAGAUGGCGUGCCGUUCGUACCAUUUAGUUUUAAGACGCUCUUAGAAGAGGAGCCAGUGGAUUAA